AUGCUGGGCAUCUCUUUCGCUGCGGUCGUGAGCUUAGGCCUCAUCCAGCUUCCAACCCAAGUUUGCGCGAAAGCCGUGUUUGCGCAUUACAUGCUCGGCUAUAUCACCGAAGAUCAUGCACACAAAGACAUUGACGAUGCCAUGGCCAUGGGAUUAGACGGGUUCGCUAUUAACAUUGGCGACCCUACCGGCAGCUACGUCAACGAGUCGCUUGGCUACUUGUUUGGAUACGGCAACUACGUCGGAUUCAAGCUGUUCGUCUCUAUGGACCUGGCAGCGUCUAGCGGAGAUCCAAACAUUUAUAACUCUCUCUUCAAGGGCUUACUGGGCUGGAACAACUACUAUAGGGCGGGUGUAAACAACUAUCCAGUCGUGAGCACCUUCGAUAGCGGUGGAAGAACGAACACGGAUUUCACGUCUUGGCUAUCUGUUUGGGGAAACCAGAUCUUCUUUAUCCCGGAUUUCGACGACACCCAAGGUUAUUACGAUGCUGCAACUGGCUGGUGGGACUACUGGGGCGACGUCGUCGACGGCCUCUUCAGCUGGGAAUCGACUUGGCCGUUGCCUGGAGCCACGAAUGACGGCGAUAUCAGCAGGGACCAAAUUGUUAUUAACGGCGCCAAGGCUCACAAUAAGUCCUAUAUGAUGGGUCUCAGCUUGCAGCAGUACAAGGAUUCCUACGGCGGCAAUUGGUACCGCAAGGGUGAACUGAACUUGCCUAGGCGCAUGGCCAAUAUCCUGACCAUGAACCCCCAGCCCGACUUCGUUGAAAUUAUCACGUGGAAUGAUGGCCCUGAAUCUCACUAUAUUGGCAACAUCUGGCCCGAGGCCAAUGGAGACCAGCAGGCUGCUAUCUAUGCCUCUACGGCUGGUGCCGACCACACCGCUAUACAACCUCUGCUCAAGUCGUGGAUCACUGCUUACAAGAACGGCGGUACCUCGUCAUCAUUGCGCCCACCUGGAUCCGCACCAGUCGGUGCGCUCUGGCACAAGACCAUCUUCCAAGACGUCACCUGCCCAGGUGCUGGCAACGGCGUGCAGUACUUCGAGAAGCCGGGUGCUUUCGAGACCGGCACCGAUUCGCUAAACUGGGCUGUCGUAGUUCCAUCAGGAGCAUCCGGAUGGGAGGCUGUGCUCGUCAGUGCCGGAAACACCAUCCAGACGAUUGCCUUAUCUACGGGGUUUAACUACGGAUCAACGUCGAGUGGCGUCGCGGAGGGCACGCAGCGCCUGCUUGUCCGAGACGGGUCUGGUACGACUGUUGCCGGAACGGAUCGUGGCCGCUGCAUGUCACAUACAUGUCACGAUGACAUCUACAAUAUGAACAUUCAGAUCUUACAACUGAAGCCUACAGGCCAGUAUAAUGGUGGCGAUUGCUGGCAGGUUUCCGGCACGCCAGUGAUCGACUGGUCAACAGACACAGUCACCGGAAUUAGCCAAGGCCCAUAA